UAGCGUUCCUUUGACUCGUCGACUAUAAACUGCGAGAACCGAAACAGUUUGAUCGAUGAGGCAGUUCAUCGUUAAGUUAAGGGAAGUGGUGACAUGAACACAUUUGGACUUUCUAUAUCAAGUUUUAGUGAGGUGUGGAGUUAAUUAUUGUUAUAUAUGGAUGACAAACAUUUUGAUCCGAUUCUCUUCACUUGAUCUAUUUUGGGCAGAACAGGCAUGACAAAACAAAGUUAAUUAAUAAGUGUUUAAUUUCCUUUCAACUCAUGUAUGUUAAAACGAGUUGAUCUACUCCGACUCGCACACAGAAGACGAUAUUACCCAACAUGCACUCCGACCUGUCUUGUCUCAAACAUGAUACUAAGGUAUCUGGCCCGACCUGACCAUUCCUAGUUAAUCUUAUAUUGUUGUGAGUAGUUAUGUUUACGAAGUCUGAACUUAUGUAACUAGAUGACCACAUUGCGAUAAACCAAGUAACUAAUAGUAGUUAUUCUUUGAUAUGAACAAAGCAUCAUCUCAUAUCGAUAAGGAUCAACUCAGAACAUUUUUUUUAUGGAUUAACCCCCAAAUAAUCACCAUUCAAGGUCACGUAAAUUGAGGAGCUUGCUUGAUCUCGAGCUGAUCUUUAUAUCGCAAAUUCUCUGUAUUGUUCCAAUUUUAUUGAAUAUCGUUUAAGGGACCAUAUCAUACCGUUAGGGGUGGGCAACGGGACGGGACGGGAUACCCGUCCCGUUUUAAACGGGUACCCAGUCCCAUUUGGAGGCCAAAGUCCAUCCCAUAUCCCAAACCCAUAUGGGAAACGGGUACCCAAUACCCGUACGGGACGGAUAACGGGUACCCAUACUACCCAUAAAUACCCAAAGUUUAAACCACUCAAAUUUAACAGAAGUUUAAACUUAACUUGUACUUGCUUAACAAUCACAAGACACAAAUCAUGAACAAUCACAACGCAUAGAAAAAAUCAUUCUAAGCACCAAAUUAUCAAAUAAGAAGUUUCAUUCAACACAAAUCAUGAACAAUCACAACGCAUAGAAAUAAAUCAUUCUAAGCACCAAAUUAUCAAAUAAGAAGUUUCAUUUAACAAAAGGCAGUCUACAAGUAUUAUGUUCACAUAGCGUUCUUUGUUUCUUUACUAAGAAAAAUUUCAUCUUUGUGGCAAAGUGGACAUUCCCUUUUUAUGGAUUAGAGUUCGCAAAUGGGUAAAACGGGUACACACAUUACCCAAACGGGUAUUUGCGGGUAACCCGCGGGUACCCAUAUUAAGAAUGUACAAUCCCAAGUCCCAUCCGUUCAUAAUAUUACAGGUAAUUUGGGUACCUGUAACCCUUAAAAAACGGGACGGGUACGGAUAUACCCAAAUACCCGUUUCCCGUUGCCCACCCCUACAUACAGUUGAUUAGAUGCAUUUAGUGGUAUCAUUAAGGAGUGGAAGCGCGUUUGUUGAGUUAUAUGACUUUAUGAGUGAGGUGAAGAGAAGGAGGGAUGAGAGAGAGAGAGAGAGAGAGAGAGAGAGAGAGAAGAGAAAGGUGCAAACUUUGCUUUACAUAAGAAAAGCAUGACAUGACAAUGCGUACAAGGCAGUUCCAAAUCUCCUUAACCUUCCCUUAAUUCCCCCUCCCUCAAUUUCAGGACCCAUUGCCCCCAACACCCAAGCUUGGUCCCCACCAUGCACCCCUCAUUUCCAUGCCACGUGUACAUUCCACCGCUCUCGUCGUGUGUCACCCGAUGAUCAGUUCAAAAAUCUUAACCCACUUUCAAACGCUCAUUACUGUCGCUGGUUUCUUCUGACUCAACCGAAUCGAUUUGGUUCAGACUCGUCUUGCAGCAAAAGACCGAAAACUCAGAAUCUUGAUGGGUUAGCAUUACCUUAUCAGGGCGGGAGCUAAAUCCAACUUAAAUUGAAUAAGCUUGUUUUUUGUAAAAUCUUAUCCAACUAUCGUAUUUUAUUGAUUCAACCAUGUGCCAAUAUUGCAUGUUACGAGUUUCCAAAGUUCUGUCACAAUUGUACAUGUUAUUUAAACCAUUAAUUACUUAGUUUUGUAUCGACUCGAUCUCAAAAUAAAUAAAUAAAAUCAUCAAUGUCUUUUCAUCACGAGACAUGAUUCAAAGACAACCCUUCUCACUUAACCAAUUGUCUAGCAAUCAAGCAGGCAUAGUGGCCAUAACUAACACUUGCCCAAAGUAGACUCGAUGCAUAAGCAUAUAUCCACAAGGACAUGUUAGAUCGAAAGUAUGACGAUUAAUGAGAUUUGGAUACACCAUGAGCAAGAACAUCCUCCAAGACGAAAUGGACGACCAUGAUAAUAUAAGAAAGUAAGAUUUUAUGAAUGUCGAUAAAAUAACCAGUCGAAAAGACUCUCGUCCUUAAUUCUACAUAUCAAAUUAAUGCAUUCAAUAUCAUGUAAUAUAUCAGAACCAAUAUCAGCUAAUCAAGAAAAAUUCACCGAACAAACAUGAUCAACGCAUAGCAGUGAUUAAUUAUAUUCAUGCAAAGAAUUACGAACUAUACAACUUCACGACCGACAAUAACCCGGUCCAACCCACCACCCAACCCCCUCCCAAUCCCCCAUGUUACUCUAGAAACGGAUGCACCAAAAAACAAUUUCCCCACUAAUCCCCCCAACUCUCCCCAAAUAAAUUGGUGAGCAAAACAAAAUUCCCACAAAACCGUCUCCCUCCUUUCCUAAAAUUUCUGCAUAGCUAGUCAUCAUCCCCAAAACCUUCCAAGCAAACAAACAAACAAACUGGAAAUCAAACCUCUUCCCCCUUUCCCCUCACUGAAACCAUGGAAAGCACGGAUUCCUCGUCGGGAUCAGCGCACCCCCACCUCCCGCCGGGCUUCCGCUUCCACCCCACCGACGAGGAGCUCGUCGUCCACUACCUCAAGAAGAAAGCCGCCUCCAUCCCUCUCCCCGUCACCAUCAUCGCCGAGGUCGACCUCUACAAGUUCGACCCCUGGGAGCUCCCCAGCAAGGCGACGUUUGGGGAGCAGGAGUGGUACUUUUUCAGCCCGAGGGACCGGAAGUACCCGAAUGGGGCGCGGCCCAAUCGGGCCGCGACUUCCGGUUACUGGAAGGCGACCGGAACCGACAAGCCGAUUUUGACCUCGAACGGGGCUCAUAAGGUCGGGGUGAAGAAGGCGCUGGUUUUUUAUGGCGGGAAGCCGCCGAAAGGAAUCAAGACCAAUUGGAUCAUGCACGAGUAUCGACUCAUCAACAACAACUGCUCGAAUCCUUCGAUUCUCAAGCCUCCAACGAGCUCCGAUCCGGCCUCCAAGAAAUCGUCGCUAAGGUUGGAUGAUUGGGUGUUGUGCCGGAUUUACAAGAAGAACAGUAAUAAUUCCCAGAGGCCGAUUGAUCAGAGAGAUUACCAGCAUCAUCAUCAUAAUCAACAUGCUAAUGAUUCGUCAAUGGAGGCGAUGCUGGCCGCCGCGGCGGCGGCGAACUCUCAGAAGCAGGGGAAGGCAAGCGGCGGCGGUGCUAGCUACGCUAAUUUACUGGACGGGGAGGAUAAUUUCUUCGACGGAAUGAUGAAUACAGGUGGAGGAGAAAACGGCGGCGGGAACUCCAGCUCGUCGGCGGCGGGGAAGCGCGGGCUGAUAAUCAACGACUACUGGAACAGUAUGGGCAGCGAGGCGGCGGCGCCGGGAGGGAAGCGGUUCCAUGGAGAUCUGAACAGCGGUGGAGGCGGCGGCGUGGGGAUGGAGGACGGCAGUGCUUCGUUUGUUUCGCUGCUGAACCAGCUGCCGCCGCAGCAGAGCAAUUCGGCGGCGUAUAAUCAGGGGGCCGGCGGCGGCGGCGGGAUUCUAGGGGCGCUUGGAGACGGUGUCGUUUUGAGGCAGCAGUUUCAGUUGCCUGGAAUGAACUGGAACUCGUGAUCUUGAAGCGGCGUCGUUUCUUCAUGGUAUAUGGUAGCUACAUACAUAUACAUACAUACAUACAUUGGAUGAUGGAUGGAAGCCGAGUUUUGAUUUUGGCUGGGGAGGAAAAAAGCACACACCAAGUUAAUUUCUAGCUGAUUUGACUGUAAGUAAAAAAGCUAAAUACGUUAAUUAGUAAUUAAUUACUAUAGUAUUAGAAUGUUGACUAUUAAUUAUUUGGAUUUGUGUGCAUGGGACCUAUAUUAAUUAUGUAUAUGGAUUAAUAUUCAGUUAAUUAUUUAGAAAAUAUAUAUAUGAAAUGUCUAUACAUGGGUUGGGGUUAAGCUACAAUUAAUAAGAUUGUGUUGUUUGGAUUAAGUAUUAAUCAGAAAUGGGGGCGAAUAAUUAUGUCAUUAUGUGCAUGAUACAUGAACAUAAUUGGGUUGGGAUCAGUGAUAUAUUGUGUUUUGAUUGUCUUGAUAUUUUACUUAUGUUUCUUAUCUUUUUUUUUUAAGUGAUGACACAAAAGUAAUAUAAUACAAUUUUAAGUUAAUCAGAUUAAGAAAUUUUGUAUACUACAUUUAAACAAUGAGAAAUUUUACAAUGCUAUAUAGUAUUGGUGCUAUAGGAUUUUGCCUUUAUGGUACAACUUAAAAUUGUACAUUUACGUUAUGGUACAACUUUAGAUUGUACCUAUACUUUUUGUACAAAUUCUUUUAUGGUACAACUUGAACUUGUACCUUUUUGUGAUGGUACAACUUCAAGUUGUAAAGUUGUACCAUAACAUAAUGGUACAAAUUGUUUUAUGGUACAACCUAAACUUAUACAUUUAAUGUUAUAUGGUACAACUUUAGGUUGUCCAUUAAAGCAUCAAUACUAUAUAGCAUAGUAGAAGUGCUCAUAAACAAUUAUAUCCAAGUGUCGCUUAAAAAUACUCGCAGUCUAUAAAAAUAAAUAUUGUAUACUCACACCUAUUACAUGCAUGAAAUAUGUUAAUACCCGAUUUUUAAAACAACACAUAAUUUGUUUUGAUCAGUACAUUGUUACAACUUACACAGGAACUGAAAGUUUGUUUUGAUAACAACAAACUUAAACUUUGUUAAAUUAAUAUAAGAUGAUGAAACCUUCCUUGGGACAUGAAUUAAUUAAUUUCAAACAUGUCAUGUGCCAUUCAAUUCAAUUGAAGAAUAUGUAUCAAUAGGGAUUCAUAAGAUAUCCAUAUCAGAUCGGUAUCUCAAAAUUCUCUCAUUUAAGAGGCUUUGUAGUAUUCAUGUAUAGUAAACAAGAUGGUCCAACAGUGAAUACGAAGAGAAAUUCGUUUUAAUCGUAUGAACGCAAGGAAAAAUUUCAUGAAACUUAUACAGAAAUCAGUAAAGUUAUGAUUAAGGAGCAAAACGUUGUUGUCAAACAUAAGGACCACAAACAAAGUGCAUCGUCAUUUUGAGCGUGAUGGGAAACAGUAUGAUGAUGAUUAAUUAAGGUAGUGUUUAAAUCAUGGAAGACCAAACCUUCUGAAAGAUAAGACUAGGAAGAAGAGUCAUCAAAAUUCCCCUCCACUAAUGACGUUUUCACGGUUAUUUCAUGUCGUAAUCGAACCACGUAUACACUGAUCAAGCACGCUAGUAACUGGCAAUUAGCUAGCUAGCUAGCAUUUGACGACGAUAUUGUCAUGUCAAAGCUGGAUUAAUUCAAGAUAACAUAUGCAUGCAUGUGCCUCUCCCCGCCACUCGAUCAAGUUAUUGUGAUAAAACGAGUUUUCAGAG